UACUUCUGUUUUUGACCUUCUGGAGUUUAUGCUUCUUCAUAUCGUUUCUAUACCUUCAGUGAUUAAGUCCGAUUAAAUGCUUUAAAAUUCCGUAAUACAAAACGCGCAAUUAUAAUGGCGGACCAGCAAUUAAAAGACAACAAGAUCCGAGUAUUCAAUGUCCGAGUUCGUCAAUAUCUGCGUAAACAUUUCAUACCAUCAAAAGUGGAAUAUUUCACAAAUUGCAAAUAUUGUUUGUCAAGAAUAAGUUAUAGAAGCAUCUAUUCUUUAUUACUCGAGCACUUGACCAUGUACCAUCCGCAAGUAUUAACAGAAGAACAGAAGACAGAACGUAACAUUCAUUGGGCAUGGGAUUAUUUUACUCAAACAUCAUCUGGCGAUGCACAGUGCAAUAUAUGUAGUAAAAUAUUGAAAGGUUGUAGAAUCGAUAAUUUAACGACGCAUCUUGAUUUACACAGGGACAAACAUAAAAUCUUCGAUCCAGACGAAGUUAUUUACGAAGAUACUUAUAUGUUUGGCGCAAGUACUAGUACAAGCGGCAGUAUGAUUGAGGUUGCGGAAUAUCAGGAAACUACAAUAGCUUCUAAUUUGACCGAUGACACGGAUAGAACACGAGUUCCUAACGAGUAA